AUGCUUUCCUGUAAUUGGUGGAGUCAGCGCUUGAUCCGCCUUGUCACGGCAAAAACAAUUUCACUCAACUUUAUAGAUAGCGCCAAAGAACAACAAACAGACGUGCCGAAGGGCACCCCUGCGAUAGAAAGCUGCACUUUGAUUUUGAAAGGAGCCCGGAAAAUGAGCGCUGAAUAACACUGGACGAUAAAGGCCGGCACACAGCAGACAUGACUGUGUCGUAGUCGCGUAUCGGCGUGCGGUCGAUUCCUCCCAUUUCAUCUGUACGCCUGUGGCGCUGACAUUUUACGAUCGAGGAUAAGGCGGAACACUUGGCCUCAGGGCGAUCCCCCAUCCAGCCGCCUUCGUCUUAGUUUGUCUUCGUGAAGGGCGGCUGUGCGAGGCCGUCAUCGGAGAUGCAUAUUAAGCUCCGAUCGAAUGGAGAAGUCCUGGAGAUGAACGGAGCGCAGAGCGCCUAAGCUGCGGGGCAGAAUAAAUCGGAAAAGAAGAUCCGUGACAGCCCAAGCCUGAGGAAGUCGUCGCCUUCGAUCUGCGUGUCGUCGCGCGCCAGGGCUCCAUCGUUCAGGGUGAAAAAAGAUACAUCGGGAGAUGCGGCGCCAGUAGAUAAGUGACCGGUAGCAGAAGAAAGAAGGAACUCGAACAUCCCCAACCACACCUUGGCAGACCACCGGAGAGAGGACACCUGGGCAGGUUUCCAUCAACGUGACCGCCAAGAUGACCCGUGACCUUCAGCUGGACGAGCUGCCAGACUGGGCUGGCGCCAAAGAGUUCUACCAGAAGUACGAGCCGAAGGAGGUGAUUGGCAGGGGAGUGAGCAGCGUGGUGCGGCGCUGCGUGAACAAGCAGAAUGGCCGCGAGUACGCUGCAAAGAUCAUCGAGAUCACUCCCGAGAGGAUGACAGCCCAGCAGCUUCAGGAAGUCAGGGAGUCCACCAUGAAGGAGAUUGACGUCCUCAGGAAGGUGUCGGGGCAUCCGUCCAUCAUCACACUUAUCGACUGCUAUGAGUCGUCCACCUUCAUAUUCCUCGUCUUUGACCUGAUGCGAAGGGGAGAACUGUUUGACUACCUGACAGAGAAGGUGACGCUAAGUGAGAAGGAGACAAGGAAUGUCAUGCAGGCUCUUCUCCAGGCCGUUCUGUACCUCCACUCACAGCGCAUUGUGCACCGAGAUCUCAAACCCGAGAACAUCCUCCUGGAUAACGAUGGCAAUGUCAAGCUCUCGGACUUUGGCUUUUCUUGUCAGCUGCAACCAGGCCAGCGCCUCCGAGAGCUGUGUGGAACCCCUGGAUAUCUGGCCCCUGAGAUCCUGAAGUGUUCCAUGGAUGAGACUCAUUCUGGCUACAGUGAAGAGGUGGACCUCUGGGCCUGUGGCGUUAUCAUGUUUACUCUUUUGGCGGGAUCCCCCCCAUUCUGGCACCGUAAACAAAUGCUAAUGCUACGAAUGAUCAUGGAGGGCCGUUAUCAGUUUAGCUCUCCAGAGUGGGAUGACCGUUCAGACACCGUGAAGGAUUUGAUCAGUCGCCUCCUAGUGGUGGAUCCUAUACAGCGUCUCACUGCUGAGCAGGCCCUGGGUCAUCCUUUCUUUCAGCGUUAUGAACUAGAGGAGGUCCGUCACUUUAGCCCAUACCGCAAGUUUAGGGUGAUGAUCCUGACAGUUCUGGCUUCUAUCCGAAUUUACCUCAACUACCGACGGGCCAAACCUCUUACCAAGGAAGUACUUAUGCGGGACCCUUAUGCAAUUAAGGGGGUCCGCAAGCUGAUUGACGCUUGCGCCUUCCGUAUCUAUGGGCAUUGGGUAAAGAAAGGAGAGCAGCAAAACCGAGCAGCCCUGUUUGAAAAUAGCCCAAAGGUUGCACAACUAGCCAUUGGCUUAGAGGAAGAGGAGGGACAUCUAGUGCCAUCGACCAUGGGUAGUGGCUGCUUUAGCCCCCUGGACAUUGGUGGGAUGGGAGGCGGGUUUUGGGGUAUAUAGGGCGUAGAUGUUUCAAGCAGGUUUACAAUUUGUGACUUUCUGGGACCGUUAUGUCAGAUCCAUGGGGGGCACAACUCUUCACAGUACUGUAACUCAGAGGACCAGCAGUAGUGCAGGUUCUCAUUUCACUGAAUGUGCAGAAUGUGCAUUUCUCUUAUUGACUGCAAGUGAUGGCGUAUGCAGGUAACCAUCUGUCACCCGCUAUUGUAUAUUUUCUAAUAUAUUAAUAAAUUUUAACAAUCCGCUCCU